AUGUGGGUUCAGGAGUGCCAUGAGAUGAUCCAUGUUCAAGAGGCAGCAGCUGUGGUUAAACAGGAAGGUGGAGACAGUGACCUGCUGGCCAGAGACCCCUACUUUGCACCCAUUCUAGGGCAGCUGGACGCUUUGCUGGACCCCAAGACCUUUACUGGGCGUGCUCCACAGCAGGUGGCAAAGUUCCUGGCUGAAGAAGUACGCCCCCUACUGGAGCCAUAUGAAGCUAAUUUGGACGUCAAGGUUGAGCUUGUGGUUUAA